UAAAAUUUCUACUUAUUUGUUAGCACAGACAAAAAAGUCAAAAAGUCUUAUAACAAUGGUGCUAGGUCCGAUCGAACUUAUUUGCUAUUAUGUGGUGCAACCGAUAAUAGAUUUUUUAGAUAAAUUACUAAUCUCCGGUCAUUAUAUUGCAUUUUAUAUUGGUAUUUCUGUGUUUGGCGUAUUACUUGGUAUUGUUAUGGGCAUCGUAUCUGUUAUAUGGUACAAGUACGUUAAUCGCGAGGAGCCCAAGAAAAUACAUAAAAUCCCACUGGUUAAGGACGAAGGCCAGCUGAAAGCCCAUGACAUGCAGAAGCAGCAAUAAGAUAAUUUGUGAUAGGCGUAUCUUAAUUAUUUCAAAUUAUACAGUCAACUUUGCUGCAUUCUCAAUUCCGAUGAAGCAGUUCAUUUGCAUCCAUGUAUGGCUGACAAAUCAAUGCGAAUCGUUUGAUAUUUUCCUUUGCCACUCUUGCUCCAAUAUGUGCUCUAGUAAAACAUAACACUCGAAAAAUUGCAAAAGUCAAUGAAAUGUUAUUUGACAUGCACAAACAGAGACAACGGUGGAAGCCACAUGGCAAAAA